AGAGAAGGGAAGGCGUGUGAAAGUGAAAGAAGAAGAGACGAGAAAGGAGGAGUGCACUGACACAGCAGCACAGGAGUUCUGGAGGAACAGAUGUGGCCAGAUUCCAGCAUGCUCCGUCUCAGUGUGUGUGUUCUCUUCCUGCCGGUGUGCUGGUGUGUGCCCCUGGCGGGGUGGGUGGAGUCCCCUGGGUACCCGCGUGGGUACGAGCCUCACGCCGCGCUCAGCUGGUCCCGCUGUGCCCCGCCCGGGCACACCCUCACCCUCACACUCGUGCACCUGGACCUGGAGGAUGGCUACGAGUGUGAGAACGAUGUCCUGAAGGUGUAUGCAGACGGAGGCCUGAUCUCCAGCCUGUGUGGGCGGAUGUCCCUGGACGAGCUGCGCUCCUCCGUCAACCCGUCUCUGCUGUCCUCCUCCGGCGGCUGCCUGAACGUGUCCUUCAGCGCAGACUACUCCAACACCGAGAGGCACACGGGCUUCAGGGCCUUCUACACCACACAGGAUUAUGAUGAAUGUGACGAUCCGAACAUCGAGUGCUCCCACUUCUGCUAUAACUACAUUGGAGGCUACAUGUGCACCUGUCCACCUGGUUACCUCCUCAACGCAGACAACCACACCUGCAGCGUGAGCUGCACUGAGGACCUGUCGGGGUCUCUGCGAGGUCAGGUGACCCCCCCGGGCCACCCCGGGCCCCUACGGCUGAGGAGGCCCCACUGCUCCUACAGCCUGGCCGUGGAGGAGGGACUGCAGCUGGUGCUCGAGUUCACCGGCCAGUUCGAUGUGGAGACCAAACCCAGUGGAGAGUGCGCUGAUGCAGUCAGACCCAUCGACACCGGGAGUAGCCAGGUCCACAUUCUGUUUGACUCCGACGAUGCCGGAACCAACAUGGGCUUCACGGUCACAUACAAGACUAAAAGGAUGACGUGCCCAGGGGAGGUCACAGCUGAGUCCAGUCUCAUGCCCAGACGCCAGCAGUACGUCAUGGGGGACACCGUCACUGUGACCUGUGAUGCAGGGACUGCCGUGGAGCUGGCCGUAGCUCCUGGCAUUAAAAGUAAUAUGACAUUCGAGAGCAGAUGUCAGAAGAAUGGUGAAUGGAAGCCUGUCUACCAGUGUGAAGCGGUAGAUUGCGGGGAGCCUGAUAUUCCACAUGCAGUAGAAAUAGUGAGACCUUUGUCAACACAUUACAAGAGUGAACUUCGGUUCACCUGCAUCUCCAAAUACUACAAACUGGAGAGUGAUGAGGUAUUUACAUGCGAGGCAGACGGACACUGGAAAUCCAUAACUGGCCAAACCAAAAUGCCCAGAUGUCUUCCAGUUUGUGGAGUGACUGAGAGUCAGAUGAGCAGCGGCAGGAUCCUAGGCGGGAAGAGGGCCAAACUGGGAGAGAUCCCGUGGCAACUCCUCAUCAAAAACCCAAGCAGAGGAGGGGCCUCCCUGAUCUCCGACCAAUGGGCUGUGACUGCCGCUCAUGUGGUGGACGGACUGGAGACGACACAACUGGCAGUACGUGGGGGUAUGAUUGACGGCGCCGCCACAGAUGCGGUCAUCAUGUACACUGAGAAGAUUAUAAUCCACCCUAAGUAUGAGAAGGGAAAGUCUGAUGAGAGUCGAACAACAUUUGACCACGACAUCGCUUUGCUCAAAAUGAAAAACAAGGUCCAACUCGGUCCGAACCUGAUCCCAAUCUGUUUGCCAGAGUGGGCAGCUGCAAAAGAGGGGGAGAUGAGCACCGUGUCAGGGUACGGAAUGAGAGAGAAAAAAGACAUAGCUAGGUUUUUGUUUUAUGCAGACAUAGCAGAAAUAGGGGAAGACAAAUGCAAGGAAACGCCAAAUAAUAAAAACGGCAAUCGUCUGGUUUUCACUGAGAACAUGUUCUGUGCAGGAAUGGAGGGGAUGGAUAGUUGCCAAGGGGACAGUGGGGGCCCUCUGUUUGUGCCCAGGGUUGGCACGGGAACGGCAGAUAAACCCUACAGGCUGAAGGGCAUAGUGUCUUGGGGUGCUUUCUGUCGUGAUAGGAACUAUAAGGGGUAUUACACCAAGGUGCAGAACUAUCUGGAUUGGAUAAGGGAGACCAUGGAGAAGGACGAGGAGGAUUAGGAGGGACCCAAGUCAGUCGUCAUGUAUUCAGUCAUAUAUUCAGGCGUACAUGCCAUUCACCUUUUGCAUUAAAGGCAAAGUCCUUGAUUAUAACUCAAACGCUUUAUGUAUAAACUCAGCAGAAUUGUGUGUGUGCUCAGAAACUCCAGAGUUUGUGUGCAGUAAAUGGCAAAACAAACAAAGACACAGACCAAGUUAUUACACUGUGCCAGCUAAAAUACCAGCUCAUGCUCCCUCUAGAGGACAGAAGGUGGAGGUGCAUCUGCCACCUGCUCCUUGUAGAGUACAUAACGUAGAGGUGUAUUUGCCUGCAAUGAGUGCUAUACCUUUAACACAAUUAAAGGCAUUUUCAAACAAUAAUCAUUUGUCUGUAUUUCAAACUUGAAGUAUCAAAGUGUUAAGGGCAAAUAUACUAAAUAGGUUUUUUAAACGACUUUUUAAUGUAACCAGCUGCUUUGGCCCUGCGGUAUCUCUGUCACCUCUGAAUUAUAUUGUAUGGCUUACACAUGACUGACCCAUGCCAAUAAAUAAAUGUUAAUAAUAAA